AACCACACGAGAGGACUCACCGCACACACCCCGACACCACCCCGCUAGCUACCCAUUCCAGGAGCUGCCACGAAGUCAAGAGCCACUGGACCUUUAGAGAGACAGAGCGCUCUCGUACCGACCGCCCCAGGAAGAACCACUCGGCUUCUGUGCCACCCUUGCCAAGCUGAAACUGACUGGAUCGUCGGUUUCCCUAUUUCUUUCUUGAUGUACCAACGAGAAGGAGGGGAGCGGGUCAAAACAAGAUUAUCCCCCCUCCCCUCUACCGAAGCUGCGGGAGCUUGGCGGGGCGACGUAAGGGAAGCCCGCCCACAUAUAUCAAGCAAGUCCGGGAUAGCGAGCCGAGCAUUACAGCACAUACAUCAGUAGCUAGCUCGACCUAGCUCGACCUACCUACCUCGGACUCUACGUCUUCCUUGUCACAAGCUCACGCUAUUGACGCUUAGUGGUUGAGUUGAAGCCAGCACGCGAGAGACGCUGAUUUGUAUCUCGUCGUCUCACCUCUCUGCUUGCCUCGCUUUCUUCCAUCCUCUCACCUCCUCUCCACUCUUGACUUUACUCUCAGUCGCUUCUGUUACACCCACCCGCUCGACUCUCAACCCUCACCGCCUCACGACAUCAACAUCGAUAACCAUGGAAGACACCGUAGCCCAACCUGCGGCCACCACGGCCGGCAGCAAAACGACGACCAGGCCACCGCUCCAAGCCCAGGCCGGCGGCGGUGCCAGCGAGUCGCAGCGCACCGUCAAGACGCUCAAGGACUCCGUUCUCCCCCACCUGACCAAGAUAUUCAACGCCCACGCCGGUCAGGCCGACCAGAAGUGGCACAAGGAGCAAAUAGCGUCUUUUGUAAAAAACGUCCAGGCCGAGGAGACGGCCGACUGUCUCACAGCAUUGGCCACGGGGGCCGCCCCGGAGGAGCUCGACUUCAGCGGCUUCCUCAGCUACAUGGCCUCCUCGGCCUCGGCCGCCACCGCCCCGGCCCGCGAGCAGGACCUGACGUACCCGUUGUCGAGCUACUUCAUCAGCUCCAGUCACAACACGUACCUUACUGGGAACCAGUUGUACAGCGAGUCGAGCACCGACGCCUACAAGAAUGUGCUGCUUCGGGGUUGCAGGUGCAUCGAGAUCGACGUGUGGGACGGCGAUGAUUCCGACAACGAGGAUGACACGUCCGUCAGCAGCAGCGAUGAUGAGGCCGUCGCCGCCGCCGCUGCGGCGGGUGUGCCGCAACCCAAGAAGGAGAAGCGGAGCAAACUCAAGAUGCUCAAGGAUAAGAUGCCUGGUUCACUCGCGAGCAGGUUGGAGAAGACGUCGCUGGGGAAGAAGAUGGAUGAGAGGAUCGAAAAGUCCACGAGCCCGCCGACAGAGACCGCCACCCCUCCGCUCUCGGUCGGGGCUCAGCAAGCAGCAGCCCCCGCUGGAUCGGAUACGCUGCAGAAGACACGUUCUCCCAGACUCUACCCUAUCGAGCCCCAGGUGUUUCACGGUUACACACUCACCAAGGAGGUGCCCUUCCGACACGUCUGUGAGACGAUCCGCGAACACGGCUUCGCGGCGGCCGACACGCCGCUCAUUGUCAGCCUCGAGGUUCAUUGUGGCGCCGAACAGCAGGAGAUCAUGGUGCAGAUCAUGGAAGACACGUGGAAGGGCCUGCUGAUCCCGGUGCCCGACGCCGAGCCUGCGGAGCUGCCGCGUCCUGCGGACCUGAUGGGCAAGAUCCUCGUCAAGGUGAAGUACGCACCGCCGACGGGGCCCGAGACGGACGCGCUGGACGACGACGAGGGCGAAAACGGGUCCCCGUCACCGCCGCUGCCGGGCGCGGCAAACAAAAAGGCCGCGUCCAAGACGAAGCCGAGCAAGAUCAUCCAGGCCCUCAGCAGGCUGGGCGUCUACACACGCGGUGUUUCCUUCAAGUCGCUGACGCAGGCCGAGGCCUCGAUGCCGACGCACAUCUUCUCGCUGUCGGAGAAGGGAGUCAUGGAGGUGCACGAGAAGCAGGGUGCGGAGCUGUUCCACCACAACCGGCAUUUCCUAAUGCGCGCGUACCCGUCGGGCCUGCGGAUCGGGAGCUCGAACCUAGACGCCCCCGUGUUCUGGCGCCGCGGCAUCCAGGUCGUGGCGCUCAACUGGCAGAACUGGGACGAGGGAAUGAUGCUCAACGAGGGCAUGUUCGCGGGCACGGGCGGCUACGUCUUGAAGCCUGAAGGAUAUCGCUGCGCCAAAGCAGGCUCGCCCCCUGAGCCGAUGCAGGGCGUCCCGCAGAUCGCCUACAAGACGCUGGACCUCCAGAUCGACGUGCUCGCGGCACAGAACCUACCGCUGCCACCUGGUGACACCAAGGUCAGCGGUUUUAAGCCCUAUGUCAAGGUCGAGGUCCACGUCGAGUCGCCCGAGGAGCGGCUGCCGGGGGCGCACAUCAAGGACGAUGGCCGCGAGCGCGAGAGCGAGUACAAGGCCAAGACCAAGUCGAACCGCGGCGUCGACCCAGACUUCAGGGGCGAGGCGCUGCAGUUCGCCGGGGUCCCCGGCGUGGUUGAGGAGCUGACGUUUGUGCGCUUCACGGUCCGGGACGACGAGAUCGGGAGGGACGACCUGGCGGCGUGGGCGGCCAUCAGGCUCGACCGGCUGCGGUGCGGGUAUCGCUUCGUGCAUCUCAUGGACUGCGAGGGGCGGUUGACGGAGGGUGUCGUCUUGGUGAGGGUCACCAAGAAGUUGUCUUAG